GCGGCGAGUGACGCACUGCCCGGCGCCUGCGGGAGGCGGUGCCGUCGUCCCCGGGCCCAGCGGGGCGAUGGCGGGAGAGCAGGGCGCCUUCUGCCUCAGGGAGGUCCUCGUCACCUUUCAUACGUGUGUCACGGAGCAGCGGGAGGUGCUCCUCGGCCCCUACCUGCGCGGCUGGAGGGGGCUCAUCCGGUUCCUGAACAGCCUGGGCGCCAUCUUCUCCUUUGUUUCCAAGGACGCGCUGGCCAAAAUACAGAUAAUGGAGAACUACUGCAGCGGCGAGCAGCAGGAGAAGUACCUGACACUCCAGUCCAUGGUGCAGUACGAGGUGGCCAACGGGCUAGUAGAUACCCAGAAGCGGUCAGAGCACCCUGACUCUGGUUGCCGGACCGUGCUACGCCUCCACAGAGCCCUGCACUGGCUGCAGAUGUUCCUGGAGGGGCUGAGAACUGGCCAGGAAGACUCCAAGACAUCUGUGAUAUGCACAGACUCUUACAAUGCUUCUCUGGCUAACUACCACCCCUGGAUUAUUCGCAAGGCUGCUACUGUGGCCUUCCGUGCUUUACCUUCUCGAAAUGCAUUCCUUGAAAUCAUGAAUGUGGGCACCCCUGAGGAGGCUGUUGUUAUGCUGGGUGAUGCCUUACCCCAUAUCUGCAAUGUCUAUGGGAUCACUGAGGAGCUCUAUGCCCAGCAUAAGCUGCUUGACCUCCCUUGAUGGAAUGGACAUUAAAAAGCAACUCCACAUCCUGACAGAAAUGAACUGUGACAGAAGUGAAAACUGUUUUCAUACAUACCUUAACUGAUUCCCUGACCCUGUGGCACUCUUCCUUUCCUUUUCCAAUGUAGAGGUAACAAACUGGCACACCUAUUCAAGAUGCCUCACUUCAUAAGAAAAAAAAAUAUACACACACUCACACACACGCAUCUUUGCCUGAGCUCUGCAGGAAGACAGAAAUCUAAUAGUUUGCUUAAAGGGGUUUCUUUUCUCCCUUCUCCUGGAUUCACCUUCAAAACUGUAGCUAGGUUUUUUAGAAGUUGGUUGGUUUCUUUUUUUAAGCCAAACUGAGCUACUCUAGCAACUUCUGUGCAUUUACAUCAAUAGUUAGGAUCUCACGUGACUAAAAUUCACGCAUUAAAAUUCAGGGUAUAACUUCCUGAUGUGGUAUUCUGAACAUGUUUACACUACAUGUGAGCUCACUUUGCCACUUUGUUUACAAGCUGUCCCCCUGAAUAGAUCUGACCUUUUGCUCUCUGUUAUGCUUUAACCUUGAAAACGUAAUCCAGAGUAGUGUGUCUCUGAAAGGAAGCCCUUUUCCUGGUGGUCACAGACUCACCUGAUGAUUGCUGCUAAUUCUGUACCACCUAGUUUUAAAGAUGGAAAUGGUGUUGCAUUUUGUUGCAGUGAGAUACUGUUCUUCCUUUGCACAUGGCUCCAUUAAGCAGGAACAUUCUUUCUGUGUAGCUUCCCCUGCUCAUUAUUUUUCCUAUGUUUUAUGCUUCAUGGGAAUCAGAACAAUUUUUAGUAUGUACUACACAAUACUAUAUACCCAGAUAACGCUCCAAACUGUACUUCAUCUGUUUUCAAGCUGUGCUUCUAAAUUGUGUGUGUGUGUUUUUUGUUUUGUUUUUUUUUUUUAAUGAAUGUCAUGUGCUUACAGAAAUGACAUCUCUGCCUGGGGAGAAAUCCAAACUUGUUCUUUGAGUCACCACUUUGUGAAUCUUAUGGCUUCUAUUUCAAAUCAGUGCAAGUGACUUCUGUGCAUGAAACAUUGUAUAUUUAUUUAUAUAUAUAUGUGUACAUACAUAAAAAUGUGUGAAAUAAGUAAAAUGAAGCUUACUUAGCUUUUUAAAAGCUGAAAAAAUGCUAUAUUGGUAUUUUAGGAAGACAUGAAUACUUGAGCACUUGGGAGAGGAGGGAGAAACCCACAAAUUCUGUCACAUAUUUUGGCUGUAUCUCUCAAACAGGAGGCACUUUGGCUAGUUUAACACUGCAUGAUUCAGGAAAUCACUGUUACCUCAUGGAAGUAGUCUGACUGGUCAUUAAACUGCAUGAAUAACUUUCCUCUGAA